CAUCCCGCCACACUCCUCCUCGAGCCACCACCUCGUCUUCGCCCCGCCAUCCUUGCGCUUCGGCCCUACUGUUGCUCCCCUCCGAAGCGCCUCUGUUCCCCGGCCAUCAAAGAAGUCUCUGCCAGAACCAACCGGCAGACUCAUCCGCAGUUCUGCUCCGAGUGAAGUCUGGCGUUGCCUCCGCCGUCAAUCCUAGGAACUCCGCGGACCCGCCCACCGAUCCAAUCCGGCCAACUUUCCUGCCCUAGCCCGGCUGCUUUAGAUCGCGAACCUGCUCUGCGACACUCUCCCACAACACACCUUCGCAUCCGCAAACCCCAUUCCAAGCGCCUGUCGCAGCCUCCACGCUCCCGCCUCUAUCAUGGCUGAAUUUGUGCGCGCUCAGAUUUUCGGCACGACGUUCGAGAUAACGAGCAGAUACACCGACCUGCAACCAGUGGGCAUGGGCGCCUUCGGGCUUGUCUGCUCGGCGAAGGAUCAGCUCACGAACCAGGCCGUCGCCAUCAAGAAGAUCAUGAAACCGUUCAGCACCCCGGUUCUCUCGAAGCGCACAUACCGCGAAUUGAAGCUUCUCAAGCACCUCAGACACGAGAAUGUCAUCAGUCUGAGCGAUAUCUUCAUCUCCCCGCUGGAGGACAUCUACUUCGUCACUGAGCUUCUCGGUACCGAUCUCCACCGGCUGCUUACCUCUAGACCGCUGGAGAAGCAGUUCAUCCAGUACUUCCUCUAUCAGAUCUUGCGCGGUCUGAAAUAUGUCCACUCUGCCGGCGUUGUCCACCGUGACUUGAAGCCCAGCAAUAUCCUGGUGAACGAGAACUGCGAUCUCAAGAUCUGCGACUUCGGUCUGGCGCGCAUACAAGACCCUCAGAUGACAGGAUACGUCUCAACGCGGUACUACCGCGCGCCGGAGAUCAUGCUUACAUGGCAAAAGUACGACGUGGAGGUGGACAUCUGGAGCGCUGGAUGCAUCUUCGCCGAGAUGCUUGAGGGCAAGCCCCUCUUCCCAGGCAAAGAUCACGUAAAUCAGUUCUCCAUCAUUACGGAGCUGCUGGGUACACCCCCAGACGAUGUCAUCCAGACCAUCUGCAGCGAGAACACAUUACGAUUCGUCCAGUCGCUACCCAAGCGAGAGCGACAGCCAUUGGUGAACAAAUUCAAGAAUGCAGAGCCGGCUGCCAUCGACCUCCUCGAAAACAUGCUAGUGUUUGACCCUAAGAAGCGAGUCCGAGCUGAGCAGGCCCUCGCUCACCCGUACCUUGCGCCAUACCACGAUCCCACUGACGAGCCCAUGGCCGAAGAGAAGUUUGAUUGGUCGUUCAAUGACGCAGACCUGCCCGUGGAUACAUGGAAAAUCAUGAUGUAUUCCGAGAUUCUCGACUACCACAAUGUCGAUGCUGCCGCACAAGCAGAGGAGAAUGGCAAUGGCAGCUAACCGGUUAUUGCUCGGUUGUGCGUGGUUUUCAGGUGCUGUGCAUGAUGAAUGACCUUCCCGGUGCAGGCGGGCUCAUUUCCUUCCAAUAAUAUCCACUUGAGGCCAUUAGGCUGGGCGCGGGUAGAGCAGUGUGGAGCGCGGUUUUGUCUUGGGUUGGAUUUGAUUCGGGUGGUAUACAAGGUCGUCUUACGGCGCAGUGGGUUGCAGUUUGCGAGCAUGGCUCCAAUGCCCGAGCAGCAGAUAUGGGAAUGAAGGUAUAUGGUUUCCUCAGGGUUUAUACGAUGGGCCUUGCAUCGUCGCUACUGAACUUGUUCUCUUUGUUUUUGGCGCAUAGAGAAACGAAGCGAAAAGUCCAUGUCCGC